AUGUCAGAGAAGCAGAAGAAGCGACAGUGGCCUCGCACCAUCAGGGCUCCCACCAAGAAGCCAACUACAGCGCUCAGAUUGAAGGCUCUACCGCUGGAAAUUGUUCAACAAAUCAUCCCUUUCUUGGACCCCAUCGCGCUGAUUGCCCUCAGCCAAACGGGCAGACAAUUUCGGCGCAUGAUUAGUCCAGGAAGAGCAGAAUUUGUCGAUCGGCUUUUAGCUCUUGAAUGUCUAGACGAGUACGGGGGCUCAGCAUCAAUCAUUCAUGCCAGCAUAUGUCCUCGCCCAGCCUCGAGCGCAGAGUGGGAGACAAUAAGAUGGGCUUGCACGGGCUGUAUGCGGCUACUGCCUCAUACUUGCUUUGAGAACCACGCAAUCCUACGGUUUGGAUAUCGGAAGCCAAUUCCCGGGACACCAGCUGCAGAGACGGCCAACAAGUGGAGGAUUUCGUUGCGGGGUAAAAUCCGGGGAGGAAAGGCAAUUAAACAUGUACCGCCGCUGGAGCUCAAUCAACGACGCAGAGGCCAGAGGAAGAAGGAUGACUGGAUCCAUCCUGCCAACGUGAGCAGGUAUCUAGACCGACUGCAAGAAGUUGGGAUACCUGUCGAGGCCAUAGCCGGCGAAGAAUCACCAACACUGGAGGCCAAGCAAGCUGCGAUGGAGCAAGUCCUCGAGUCAUUACAGUUGCAUCGGUGGGGAUUCAAACGCUACCUUCGCAAGUGUCACGAGUGUCGCUAUCAGGCAGGACAGCUGGAUCAACCUAUGCAGCCCGCUUCUGUACCAUGCCUCCGGACGAGCAGACAGUUGCUCUAUGCUGGCAUGCUGGAACGAUACUUCCCACAGUACUGGACUGUGCUGGAACAUCAGCGGCCUCAAUUACCUCAGAAUCGGAUCAUGGAGGUUUGGCCCAUGUACAUGGGGAGAUGCCGCACAUGCAGGUCAUGGCAAGAGAUGAGAUCAUUUCGAGUAGGGCUGACGCGUAGAAAUGGCUUAGCCUUCACGGACAGAACUUGGCAUAAUCACGAUUUUGAGUGGUCUGACUACUUUGACUCCCUCGAGUGCAACCAUUGCGUUGCGAAAACGCAGGGCCACGAGGCCCUGGGCAGGAUACUGUUGGAAUGGAUCAACGUCCUCGUUUCCGAAGAGGAUCGAUUUUACAAUGAUGUGGUCCACGAAGGUUUUGUGGACGUAAGGGCGUCACUGGCGUGGCUGGCAGGUAACGGUCAUACAGAGUCGGAACAACGUGGCCAACUCAAGGCCAUGUUCGAGAUUACUACAGAAGGGAAAGCGGAUUAUAUUACAAGAGAUGACGCGAGGGAGCUUCUCAUGCGACACCAUGAGGGCAUCAAGACUACCUGGGAGGAUCUUUUGUCCCACGAUUCUGAAUUUGCCCUUAAAUUCGGUGACGGCAGUUUUGAGACGGGCUGGCGUACUUGGUAUGGCUGGGUAACACCUCGCGUGAACUAA